GGUGCUGUUGAUUUUUUUGUUCUUUUUGUAGUAAAGCUUUUGUGAAUGUGAAUCAUAGGCUAUAAAGACAUCGUGGAAAACUACGAGGCCUCGAAAACUGCAGAUUUAUAGACGACGGACAUCAGAAACUUAGCUCUGAGACAAUUAUGGACGUUUAGAGAGGCCUAAUAGCUCUUUGAAGUGGUGUAUCAUGCUAGUCAAUAAUUAACCAACUAAAACGAUGAAGCUUCCUGGAAGAGUGAACCAAUGUUUGAUAGCGCUGAUCGUGGCCGGCAGCAUCGUGUUGGUGUUGGUCUCGUCUCAGAUUUUCAAGCUUAUCACCGCCGAAAAAGAUGAUCCGCAGGUUUCGUGGCUCAUUCGGUUGGUCAACAACUUUUUCGGCUAUCUCAUCAUCAUAAUUCCUCUCUAUCUCGUCCUGCGGUUUGUCCACAACUCGGGCUAUCUCGACGCACCAGGAAUUGGUCCGCUGCCCCGCUUAAUUCGACGCUGUUUUGCCGAGCCUCCACAGCUGAUCGAGCUGCUCGACACCGCCAGUGUCUCGAUUAAAAACCAAAGCAAUGCCAGCACCACGUCAAAAUUGGUGUUCUGCGCCCUCGGAUUGCUCACCUCGUAUCUCACGUGGGGCUUCCUGCAGGAGAAGGUCAUGACAAAGGAGUAUACGAGUGCGGACGGGGAGGUAGGAAAAUUCAAGGACUCGCAGUUUUUGGUCUUCGUGAACAGGAUUCUCGCCUUUUGUCUGGCUGCCGUUUAUUUGUCGGUGAAGCGCGACCAUACCAGCAGGUCCCUGCCCAUGUACAAGUACCUGCUGUGCUCUCUUUCAAACAUCCUCAGCUCCUUCUGCCAGUAUGAAGCCUUGAAAUACGUCACUUUCCCACUCCAGGUGCUUGCAAAAUCGUGCAAAGUGAUCCCAGUGAUGAUCAUGGGGAAGUGCGUGUCGAGCAAGAAGUACGAGAACUACGAGUACAUCACCGCCGUGAUGAUCUCGAUCGGCAUGGCCGCCUUCCUCUUUGGCCAGGAGGGUUCGACGGCGACCAAGGGCAAGACCGUCGUCGAGACGACCCUGCCCGGAAUUUUAUUGUUAGUCAGCUAUCUCAUGUGCGACUCCUUCACCUCCAACUGGCAGGGACAGCUAUUUUCCCAAUACAAAGUUUCUUCGGUCCAAAUGAUGCUUGGAGUGAACAUGUUUUCCUGCCUGCUGACAACGACCUCGUUGCUGGAGCAAGGCGCCUUUCCUGCUGCAGCCGCAUUUAUGACAAAAUUUCCUUCGUUUGUGACUGACUGCGUCAUUCUCUCCAUUUGCUCCGCGGUCGGGCAGCUAUUUAUUUUUUACACUAUUUCCCAAUUUGGAGCUGUGACUUUCACCAUUAUCAUGACCAUCAGACAGGGGCUGGCGAUAUUGCUGAGCUGCAUUUACUACGGGCACGCCGUCAGCAUAGCCGGAGUGCUAGGCAUCCUGAUGGUCUUUCUGGCGGUAUUCCUGCGGAUGUAUUGCGCACAGAGAUUGAAGUCGAUCCGACAACGCAGACUGGCCCAGUCAGCAAAUGCGGCCGUCUAAGACUAUAUACUACUUUUCAUUUGAAACAACUACUAUUUUCAAUUUUUAGAUAUUUUUAUUUUAUGUAUACAAUAUAUUAUAUAUGGCAACAGUUCAAA